AUGUACUUCAAGGUUUUAUGUUUCCUUGCAAUUGCUACAUUGAGUGUAGCUAGCGGGCAUAUUGCGUAUUCUUCGCAACAUUUUUCACGUCACGAUGGACAUCCCAAAAUCGUACAUGUGCAUGGACACGGUCAUGGCCACGGACAUAUUGACUACCAUACACAUCCCAAGUACCACUUCGAAUAUAAAGUGAACGACCACCACACUGGUGACAUCAAAUCUCAACACGAAAGCCGCGACGGGGAUCAUGUGAAAGGAUAUUAUUCCCUUCAUCAACCCGACGGUUCUGUUAGAACUGUGCACUAUCAUGGUGAUCAUCAUACUGGAUUCCACGCCGACGUGAAAUACGCCACCCACCACAUAAUCCCUAAGAAACACCACUAC